CUUGCUUCAGCCUGGUUUCUUUCACUCAUCUUCACUCCGCUAACCGAAUCCCACGUCCAAGCCGCCGUCCUCUGCGCCAACAAGCUCCGCGUCCACCUCCGCAUCCGCAGCGGCGGCCACGACUACGAAGGCCUUUCCUACACAUCCGAGCUCAAAUCCCCGCCGCCGUUCAUCCUCCUCGACCUCGGGAAGCUCCGCGCAGUCGACGUCGACCUCCGCUCCAACACCGCUUGGGCGCAGGCCGGCGCCACCAUCGGCGAGCUCUACUACCGAAUUUCGGAGAAGAGCAAAACGCACGGCUUCCCCGCCGGGCUGUGCACCAGCCUCGGCGUCGGCGGCCACAUCACCGGCGGCGCGUACGGCCCGAUGAUGAGGAAGUACGGCCUCGGAGCGGACAAUGUCGUCGACGCCAGAAUCGUCGACGCGAACGGAAACAUCCUGGAUAGGAAAUCCAUGGGAGAGGACACGUUCUGGGCCAUCAGAGGCGGCGGCGGCGGAAGCUUUGGAGUUAUAUUAGCAUGGAAGGUUCGGCUCGUCAGGGUACCACCCACAGUAACCGUUUUCACCGUACCGCGCACGAUAGAACAAGGCGCCACAAAAGUCCUAUACAAAUGGCAGCAAAUCGCUGACAAAAUCGACGAGAAUCUUUUCAUCAGAGUAAUAAUCCAGCCUGUCCCUGUCCCCGCCGCAGCGGCGGGAAACAGGACGAUCAUGACUGCGUACAACGCGGUGUACCUAGGCAAAUCCAGCUCGCUUCUCAGAGUCAUGAGCUCGAAAUUCCCGGAGCUCGGGCUGACGAGGAAUGACACGAAGGAGAUGAGCUGGAUCGAGUCGGUGGUGUACACGGGGAGCUUCCCGGAGGGGACUCCGACAGCAGUGCUGCUGUCGGGGAAACCAGCGUUCGUGAACUACUUCAAGGCGAAGUCGGACUUGGUGAAGGAGGCGGUGCCGGAGGCAGGGCUGGAGGGGCUGUGGAAGCUGAUGCUGGAGGAGGAGUCGCCGCUGACGAUAUGGAAUCCGUUUGGAGGGAAAAUGAGGCGGAUUCCGGAAGGGGAGAUUGCGUUCCCGCACCGGAAGGGGGUGGUGUUCAUGGCGCAGUAUGUGACGACGUGGCAGAGCGAUAAAGAGGAUGUGGGGAAGCGGUACGAGUGGAUGCACAAGCUGUACGACUAUAUGGCGCAGUACGCAUCUAAGAAUCCGAGGGAGGCGUAUGUUAACUACAGAGACGUGGAGAUCGGGAUGAAUAAUUGCAGCUCCGUUGAGGGUAGGGAAUGGGGGAGUAGGUAUUUCAAGAGUAAUUUUGAGAGAUUGGUGCAGGUUAAGGCCAGAGUGGACCCGCAUGAUUUUUUCUGGCAUGAACAGACUGAUGGAUCCGCGAAUUUCUGA